UCCCGGCCUCCAAAAUUCCGAUCCUGGGAUUUUCCCCGGGGCGAUCGAAGCCGCCCGAGGAUCGCCCAGGCCCCGCAGGGCGGCGAUGCCGCCGGUGUCGCUGCUGCGCUGAGCAUCCCCGCGCUUCCCUCUGGAAAAAAACCCCAAAAAAAAACCCCGGGAAUCCCAAAAUUCCAAUCCCUGGCGCCCACCAUGCCCAGGACCCGCGCCUUCUCCGAGCCCGAAUUCUCGGCCGAGUACUCGGCCGAUUAUUCCCUGAGUUUCCCAUCGGAUCCCGACGGGAAUCUCCGCCGGUCCCGGGACUCGCCGGCCCCGCAGGGCCCCUGGGGCGGCCCCUGCCCGUGCCUGCCGCAUUCCCGGCGCUUCUCCUUCUCUCCGGAAUCCUUGGAAAAGCUCUACCAGACUUAUUUCCGCCGCCAGCGCCACGAAACGCUGCUGGUCCUCGUCGUCUUCUCCGCCCUCUUCGACUGCUACAUCCUGGGCAUGUGCGCCGGCUUUUCCCGCAUGGAAAAACUUUUCCCGGCGCUGGCGGCGCUGGCCGGGCUGGUGGCGCACGGGGCGAUUUUCCUCCUGCUGAAAUCGCGGCUUCUCCCCGAGGAUUUCUGCCAGAAAUUCCUGCCCUGCGGGCUGUGGGCGCUGACGGUGGCGCAGCUCUGGGCGUUGCUGGGGCUGGAAUUCCGCCGGAGUUUCCCGGAGGCCGUGGACACGGCGGGCUGGCAGGCGUUCUUCGCCUUCUCCUGCUUCCUGACGCUGCCGCUGCGCCUGGCGCGGAUCCUGCUGCUGGCGGCCGCCUCCUGCGGCGGGCACGCGCUCGUCCUGGGCAUCGUCCACUUCCAGAGGGGAGCGGGACACGCGGAGCGAGGGGAGGUGGCCAGGCAGCUGCUGUCGAACGUGGCGCUGUACGCGUGCGCGGUGGCCGUGGGCGCCAUGUCGUACGUCAUGGCCGACCGGAAGCACCGGAAGGCGUUCCUGGAGGCGCGGCAGUCGCUGGAGGUCAAACUCAACCUGGAGGAGCAGAGCCAGCAGCAGGAGCGGCUGAUGCUCUCCAUCCUGCCCAAGCACGUGGCCGACGAGAUGCUCAAGGACAUGAAGAAGGACCCGAGCCAGAAGGAGCUGCAGCAGUUCAACACCAUGUACAUGUACCGGCACGAGAACGUCAGCAUCCUCUUUGCCGACAUCGUGGGCUUCACGCAGCUCUCGUCGUCCUGCAGCGCCCAGGAACUCGUCAAGCUCCUCAAUGAGCUCUUCGCACGCUUCGACAAGCUGGCCGCCAGGCAUCACCAGCUGCGGAUCAAGAUCCUGGGGGAUUGCUACUACUGCAUCUGCGGGCUGCCGGAAUUCCGGGAGGACCACGCGGCCUGCUCCAUCCGCAUGGGGCUGGCCAUGGUGGAGGCCAUCGCGUAA